AUGACUUCGAAUCAACCUAGCGUCUAUCAGGAUGCUCCUGGUCUUGAACCACAAAACGACGUGCUGACAUCUGUGGAGCAUGCUCAUCCAGAAGCCUCUUCUCCGAUACAGCGUGCUCAGGGAGAAGCAUCGACGUGCAACGAAGCUUCAAAACAAGCUUCUGGCAGUCAAGCAACUAGCAGCGCAGAUCGAGCCGACCUUGAAGCAGCAUCUGAUCGCUCGCUCGCAGUCACUCACGAGAUGCAACCAACCGAAACGUAUGGUCAACGACUCACUCGAGUCCUCACAGGCGAAGCAGCUGAUCUUGCCCAACCUGCUCAGCGUCGCAGCCUCGAGAGCAACAAGAGCAGCUCUGAUACCCGUCAGCGCACCCGCUUACUCUCCUCCUUGAUGCGUCGCAAACCACGCAGCAGCUCCAAGCGAGCCCCCACUAGAUCUUUAAUCCGACAACGAGCGGAAGAACUAGCCCGCACAGCAGACUCUGAAAAAGCUGCCGAAUCCCGCCACAACCGCUCUCAUACCACCCCUUCCACCAACGACAGCAGCAGCAGUAGUGGCGACAGCAAGGCCAGCAGCGAACCAGCACGGAUCAAACUCGUCGGUGACGAGGGAAAACCAAUGCGCCGUCAUGGAAUCAAAGAUCGAGUUCUGCAUUUCACCCCAUCUUGGUUUUCGGUGACGAUGGGCACUGGAGUUCAAGCUACGCUUUUGAACCUUCUUCCCUGGGCAUCUAUUCAUUCCGGCUUACGCUGGCCAGCACUGUGCUUCCUCCUGGGAGAUAUCAUGAUAUUCAUCCUCUUUCUAUGCGCAUUCUUUGCGAGGUAUCUAAUGUACCCCGAAGUACUGCCUCUGACGAUCAAGCAUCCACAAAAGUCGAUGUUUCUGGGAACACUUCCAAUGGCACUGAUAACAAUUAUUAGCGGGAUCGCACAGUUAGGAACACAGUUCGCAUUGGGGAUAGGUUUCGCGCUGGGAGCAAGUGGCUUAUGGUGGGCAGCGACGGUGUUGAGUUUGAUGACGGCUAUCGGGGUGCCGUUUAGUAUGAUGACGUAUCAAGAGCAUUAUUUUGAAGGAACCACUGCUGCACUCCUCCUGCCCAUCGUCCCUCCGAUUACUGCAGCGGCGACUGGGAGCGUGAUAGCAGAGAUCCUCAUGGAAAGAUACCCAACUUACGCAUUUACCAUUAUGGUCGUCUCCUAUCUCGUCCUCGGCAUUGGGCUCCCGCUUGCCCUACUUAUCCUGGUACUCUACUUCCAGCGCCUCCUUCUAUUUAAAUCCCCUCCGAGGGAUGUGAUCAUCUCAGUAUUCCUCCCCCUCGGCCCCUGCGGGCAAGGCGGUGAAGCGUGCCUCCAUUUGGGUAGAGUAGCACUCCACCUCUUCCAACGCAGUCCUCCCUCUGGCGUUGCGCAACUCUAUUCCGUCGGACAAGCACUGUACGGCGCAGGACUCAUCUCUGCAAUGCUCCUCUUCGGGCUAGGCAUCUGGUGGUUGGCUAUCGGACUCUUGACCAUUAUUAGGGAGUUGAAGAGGGGGAAACUCAAGUUCAAUAUGGGAUGGUGGGGAUUGACGUUCCCCUUUGCAAGUUUGGCGAUUUGUACAGCGAGGUUGGCGAUAGAGUUGGAUAGUUUGACCUUGAAAGUGACAUAUACGGUGUUUGCAAUAGCAAAUCUGUUGUUGUGGACAGGAGUGGCGAUUCCAACCGUGAGGGGAGGUUGGAAUGGGAGGUUGUUUAAUGCUCCUUGUUUGGCUGAUCUUCCGCUUAAGCCGUAG